UGGGCUUUUCGUCCAUCUUCCACUUGUUGGUCUUGCACAAAUGCAUCGAUUGUUGCCGAUAUUACGGUGUAGGCGACGUCCAGCGUAUUAUCAUCCAGGAUUGUUCUCUACCCGGCUCGGACGGCUCUCCAACCCUUCCUUUGACCUUCGUCCCUUUCACACCAAUCGUUCUGUGUCGAAUGAGUUGCCUGCUGCCACUCCGCCAAUAGAACCAACAACCUCGUUUCCCGAUGCGUCCCGCCCAGCUCCAAUUAAAAGGACCAUUUGGUUCGACAACAUCUUUCCAAUCAGAUACUGGAAGUACGAUCCUCGUUGGAUAUGGGUUCGGAAAUACGCCUAUGAUGCCGCAAAGGCAGCAAACGCUCGUCUGAUUCCAACUACUUUCCCACACGAAUUUCGAUAUCUCGGCGCGACACCAAAUUGGAAAGAAGGCGGCUUAUUUGUACAUUUUAGCUACGAAGGAGGGUCUGUCGAUGAGGUAGUGGAGUCAAUCAAGGCGCAUAUCGAAAAGCGUGGCCUGCGGUCAUGGAUGAACUUGCAAAUGGUGCGAGUGUUUCCUGUAAAGGGUAGUCCAUGGGUCGAUGAUAUGAUUGGAAGGUUGCCAUCGGAAGUUGUCAAAGUAGAAUUCAAUGGGCCUGAUGUGUCUAUAGAAGGUCUUUAUAAGGAGUUUCGGCCGUACGGAAAAAUCGUUGACAUCACCCUGCAGCCUCCAAACGUAAAGGAUUUACCACGUUACGCACUCGUAGAGUACAUGAGAGUUCGCUCGGCUACAAGUGCAAGGAAUUGCCUCAAUGGCGAGAAAAUCGAGAAUGCCACCAUUCGAAUCAGUUAUGAAAGGCGCCGCCGGACUUGGGAGAGUACAUGGAAUUGGAUUGCAUCCCAUCCACGGAUUACGGUACCAGUGCUUCUUGGUCUCCUCGCGGGUCUUACCUAUGUUGUCUUCGACCCGGUUCGUGUGUUUUUCAUCACAAAUCAGUUGACCGGGCGCUUCAGCCUAGAAAAAUACACUGGGGCCGCUGAGCAGUUAUGGACAACAACCGCAUCGACGCUUGGCUCCAUUUGGGGUCAUAAACAGCGUGAGGUCGUACCGCCGGCGGAAGCUUGGACAGAGCGACAAGCCGACUUGGCAAGACUGCAGCACCAUUUACGGCAAACGCCAGACACAGUCGUCCUCGUGACAGGACCAAAAGGAUCCGGAAAGAGCCAGCUUGUCCGCAAAGCACUCGAGCACUCAAAGUACAAGCUCGUGAUUCAUGUCGAGGAUUUAGCGGGUCAGCCUCCACAUAUCAUGCUCAACCGACUUGCAGCUCAAAUAAAUUUCAAGCCAAUGUUUAACUGGUUGGUGCAAAUGUCCAGUAUGAUCGACACUAUGAUCACCGCCACAACCGGUGCAAAAGCUGGACUAUCGACUACUAACGAGGGUCAAGUUCGGAAAAUGCUAGAGUUGCUGUCAGCUUCCGUAACACGCAUUACAAUGAAGCAAAAGCAAGCGCGGGAUAAAAUUCUUGCCGAACAGCGCCUGCAUCAACGUAUGGAAGAGCAUGGAGGUGGCAUCAUGCCAGCCAAGGCUGCGGCGGAACAGAAGGAAGUUAUCGCGGCUCCCGUUCCAGAUGUUGAGUACCCAGUCAUUGUGAUUGACGGCUUUUUGGGCAAUGAAACGGCCAAGAAUAGCAUGAUAUAUGACCUUCUUGUUGAGUGGGCAGCAGUUGCAGCAGAAUAUCAUCUGGCGCACGUCAUUUUAAUUUCCGACAACCCGACCGCAGUCAAGACGAUCAGCAAAGCUAUGCCGAACAAGACGAUUGAAAUGGUGUCUCUCUCCGAUGCUAGCCCGGACAGUGCGCUGUCGGUCGUCCGGCGUAGGCUAGGUGAAGCUGUAAAUGAUGAGGAGCUUAAGCAAUGCGUGGAAGGUCUCGGUGGGCGAUUAACUGAUCUGGAGUUAUUGAUCCAAAAGAUUCGUGCUGGCAUGUCGCCAAAUGAUGCGUAUCUGGAGAUUGUCCUUCGAGCUGUCAGCGAGAUCCGAAAACUUGGGCUCGGCGAAGACGUUGGAGAUCAAAAAAGCCUCCAAUGGACGCCAGUGCAAUUCUGGAAGAUCGUGCAACUCCUCAGUAAACAUGAUGAAGUCCUUUACGACCAACUGCGUUUCCACCCUUUGUUCAAAGGAGACGAAAGUCCUCUUCAAGCGAUGGAGCGGGCCGGUCUCAUCAUGUUGAGCUACGACAAUGGAAGGCCAUAUUCACUUCGUGCAAGUCGCCCUGUUUAUCGGAGAGCGUUUUCCCAAAUGCUAACUGAUGAGGGACUUUCGGCCAUCAUGGGAAUCAUGACCACGAAGCAAUUGAUCGCCGACGAAGAGGAGAACAUUCGCAAAUGUACGGCAGAGAUGAAUAAUCUGAACCCGCUGGCCGGUAAUGGGACAGUGAAGAGGGAGGUGAAUGACAGGUUGGAUUAUCUUACAAAGGCGCUGGGGGGCAGCGUUCAAAAGGUUAAGGCGCUCUCUGACGAACAAGCCAAAUACAAAAACGUUGUUAAACUAGUAGAGUAGUGUAAUUGUUGUAUGGUAGUGACCAAUGUUAAUAAUUAUACAUUUUGGAUAAAACCUAUCGCCUA